AUGACCGCCAUCUCGCAUCUGAACUAUGAAGGCCUGACUGUUGGCGAGGACAACGAAGAGCUCGACAAAGACCAGAGUCGAAAAAUCUGGAAAAUGAACAUCAAGCGCUUCGAGAAAAUCAACGCAGAGCGAGAGAGAGCCGGAUGGCCACCUAUACACUUCAACAAGAGGAAGAUCCUCCAGUACGCGGAUCGCAAUUUCGAUAACAUUCGCUGGAACGGCCGACAGAUCCGCAACGCGUUCCAGACCGCUCUCGCGUUGGCCGACUACAAGGUGCGUGAUACACCAACGAAGUCACCUAGUUUAUCUACCAAAGAGUUUCGCACAAUCGCCGGAGCAUCAAGGCAGUUCGACGAGUACUUGCACGCCACGCACGGCGCUGAUGAGGAGAAGAUCGCACAGACAGACAAGGUGCGUGGAGUGGUCAGACAGAGAGUGGCUAAGAAGCUUCAUUCUUUGCCCGGUUCCGAAGAGUCCGGUAGCUCGUCUGAUUCCGAUGAUGAUCGAUCGUCCUCAUCUAAUAGUGCUUCUGACGACUCUUCAUUCCACGCAAGCCACUCAGGUCGCAAGAAGAAGACGAGUACGUCCAAGAAACACGCUUCAAAGAAGAAGAAGGACAAGAGGAAGGGGGAGUCCAAGCUCGAGAAGGAGAGGAAGAAGAAGAAGAAGAAAAAGGGGCAAGCGAAGAAGGAAGCUGAAGACAGCGGGAGUAACAGCGACACGAACUCGGACUCGGACGACUGA